CUACAUCUUCUACCACCACUACCACACCAACUAAAACCUUAUUAAAAGCCCGGUUAACCACAACUGCAGCACCAAUUAUCAACCCUAACCUGCUUUUAACCACUCCUAAACCUACAGGUACUACCUGUCCAGAAGAAACACUCAACGGUUUGACCUUUCCAGUCACUGUGAUCGGCCAGUUUAAUUAUUCAACACAGCUAUGCCCUCCAGGAACAACCAGUGCUGGUGUUCCUAUGGCUUCGGCUCAGUGUUUGAAGUUCACACUCUUUAACGCAUUUGGUGGACUUAAACUUCUGAACUGUGACUUGACCCUGGAGCUGUUCGAAAGCAAAGUCAACUUAACUCUGGAAGAGAAUAUGCAUGUUGCAGCCAAUGUCCAGAUGCUCACAUCCAAACCUGAGCAGCUGACGUCCCAGAACAUCACCUCUGCUGCUAUGACUGCCAAUAGCCUGCUGUCCUCCACAGCGUUAAAUGAGACAGUUGCAGUGUCAGCAAUGGCCACCAUCAGUCAGCUCAUGCAAACUGAUGAAAACCAACACUCUGAAAACACUUAUGAUGCCCUUGAGAGACUCACUAAGACUUUAGAGGAUUUUGCUUUGAACGUUAGUAGCAUGAACUCUAGUGCACUGGUGCAGCCAAACCUAGCGGUGCAACACAUCAAGCUGUCAAAUUGGACCCCGGAAGUGCAAUUCUACGCUCAAACAGGACUUUCAGGGAAAUUUACUCCUGAAGGAAUAGGUCUGGUUGGAGACGCUGCUAACAAGACUGCCCCUUCAGGACACCCCUUUGAUCUCAUGUUAACUAUCAAACUGCAAAACAGUUCCCAGAAAGAUUGGGGGAACAAAAAUCUAAGUAUUGGAGUGGUGCUUUAUGAAAACGACCAUUUUUUCAACUCAAAACAGUUCAAUAGCCAACUAGAUACGAAGAGAAGGGUGAUCUCUGCUAGCCUCACGGACAAAAGCUUGCUUGAUAACGUGGAGUUCGCCAUUAGGCCCGAGAAUAUAUCCAGCUUGACACUUGGCGACUUUGCAUGUGUGUUUUGGGACUACGCUCAUAGAGACUGGAGAACAGAGGGCUGCGUCAAAACACAAAAUCCCAGUGGUGUCCAGUGUAAAUGCAACCACACCACCAACUUUGCUGUUCUAAUGAGCUUUAGAGCAGACUAUAAUUAUUCUGAGGCUUUAAACUGGAUCAGUAUUGUGGGAUGCAGUCUGUCCAUUGUGGGUUUGAUCCUCACUACAGUUUAUCAAAUUAAGACCAGGAAACUGAGAGGAGCCAACUCCACUAUGCUCUUAGUGAACAUCUGUUUGUGCAUGAUCACCUAUUACCUGCUGUUCAUUUUUGGAGUCAACAACCCCGUCCCGAACUCAAAGGCCUCUGUUUCAGAGCAGAACGUUGUUCCUUCUUCAGAUAUGCAACCGAAUGUUGAUCAGGGUCCUUGUACGGCAAUCACAGCUCUGCUGCAGUACUUCCUGCUGGCCACGUUUGCCUGGAACAUCAUGUAUGCGGCUCACGUGUUUUUCCUCAUCAGAAACGCCCUCAGUGGUCCACCACAAGGUUUCCGCACCAUCGCCAUGGCAGCCGGCUGGGGUCUGCCUGCUGUUAUUGUCGGCAUUUCGCUGGCCACCACCUACAGCUUUAAGGACCCUUCAGGUUAUCGACAAGAAGAGUUCUGUUGGUUGGCAUCUCUGGACAAAGCAGGAACGUUUGAUCCGAAGCGGCCGAUGUUAUGGGGUUUCUUGCUCCCUCUAGCGGUCAUGUUGUGUUUUAACACAGCUCUGCUUGUUUAUUUCUCUCAAACCAUCUGCUGUGCAAAUCCCAACCUGAAGAGCUCACGAACCACUCCUUUAAAGAAGAAGAUUUUGAGUAGUUUCUCUCUGGCUGUGGUGCUCGGUUUGUCCUGGGUCAUUGGUUACUUUGUGCUCAUCACCCAUGACAAAACACUCUACCUCAUUCUCAGUGUGGUCUUCUGUCUCUGCAAUACAACACAGGGUGUUCAGAUUUUCUUUUUAUUCACACUGAAGUCUUUUCUAAAGACGAGAGCUCGAUAUAAUCUGGAUUCUAAGACUGAAUCAGGGGGAGUGCCUUAACAUGAAAAAUGGACAAAAAAAGCCAAGGACAAGACUAGAUUGCAAGAUUCCCUUUGUUUGCUGAAAUGUAUUUUUAGUUCAGUUUAAUAUUAUUUAAUACAUUAUUAUUUUAUCUCAUAUACUCUCAUUAGGUACUGUACUGGUUGAUUGUACUUAAAAAUGUAAAUCAUUUCAACCUAAAUUACAUUAAAUUAAUUAGUUAAACCUAGUAUGACAUAAAAAGUUGAAUUUUUUUUGAUGAGUUAAGAAAUGUAAAAGCAAAUGUUGUAAUUCCUUUUUGAUCACGUAAUGUGUUAAAGUGUUUAGUAAACUUUAGAUAUUAUAAUAUAUCAGA